GCUGCUCCGGUGUGUGUGUGUGUGUGGCGGCCAGGCCGCCGCUCGGCGUGUCGCCGCCUGGAGGGAUGGCGCCCCCGGGAUAGGGCGGCCUCGCGUCCGAGGUGGGCCGCACCGACCUGCGGAGCUUCGAAGGCCCCCGUCUGACCCAGACACUGCGGGCAGUGUUUGACGAUGGCCCUGAACGGUGCGUCCCUGUCGGCCGGCGACCAGCGGGACCGGGUGGCGUACCGCUGCUCCCAUGGCGACCUCAGCCCCUCGGCCCAGGCCCUGGCCAUGGUGUCCGGGGACAGCUUCCUGGUGGCGGGGCCCGAGGCGGUGUAUCCGGGGCCGCGGCCGACGGGGCGGCCGAGCGGGCGGACCGAUGGCCGGCGGGGCCCCGGGGGCGGCCGGGGCCCGGCCCGUCUUCUCCGGAACCGCCAGAACCGCUUCUCGCCCUACCCGACCCCGGCGGUCAAGCUCGACCUGCUCCGAACCGUGCUGCAGCAGCGCCUGAUCGCCUUCGGGAACCUCGUCGCCGCCCGACUCGCGGCGUAGAGCCCAGCCCUCCCCUCUGUUAAGAGUUAGCUUGCGAACAAGGCCUCUCUCAUAUCUGCCCUGGCGUCCCUGCGGUUUUCUUUCCAAGAAAGGUUGUGUUUUCCACUCUCAGGUCAGAAUUCCCACGGAGGGGUUGGUUGAUGACAGCGCAGCACUUUGAAAAGGAAAGGUUGCCCCA